ACCACCGUUCACCCCUUCCACAAACGGAAAUGCAGAAAUCUAUUGUCACCAUCAAAGAAAUGGCAAUACAUUCCUUGUCAAAAUCGAAGCUGCUAAAAUACAAUAUGUUCAAUCCUCACCCAUUUUUCCUAAUCAAUCACUUUGGACGACGGACCCAAAGUUCUCCAUUUUCCAGUUGUAAUUUCCACACAAGAAAACAUUAUUUUUCAUAGAAUACUACGAUGCGAUUACAAUCGUUCUGGAUGAUUUUGAUAUCACCAAAGAUUCGAAAUUCUAUAUAUAGCUCAUAUUUUCCUUUAACUUCUUUUUUCUUUUAAAAAUAGCAUUUGUCAGUGACGUUGGGUUCUCUAUGUUUUAUAUUUCCCUUUUCCUUCCAUGGAAGAUCACGGGCUUCAUUCAUCAUCAUCCUCUAAGCGGAUGCCAUCUCAGAGAAUUGACUCCGAAGGUCCAUAUCGCCUUCUAUCUUGUUCAAGUAAGGGUGAUAAGGCUGGUGUUAUACAGGAACUGAAGAAAGGAGUAGACAUUAAUUUAGCUGACUAUGAUAAGAGAACAGCACUGCAUUUAGCGUCAUGUGAAGGGUGUACUGAGAUCGUCAAGCUACUUCUUGAGAAUCUAGCUGAUGUUAACUCCACAGAUCGCUAUGGUCGCACGGUGAGUGCAUACUUGUGGAUUUUUGUUAGGGAGAAUUGGAUAGUCUCAAGCAGUAUCAAUGAACAAAACAUGAGCUAA